AGAUGGCCGCAAGGGCAAUUGGUUCUGCAACUGUGAGAGCGAUAAAAGGGAAAAGAAUCAUCCCAACACGAGCUCCUUUAGUUUUGACACAGUCGGCUAUAUCCAAGCUGAAGCAGCUAAUGGAUCAGCGUCCAGAUAUGAUUGGAAUCAAAAUUGGGGUGAAAACGCGAGGUUGCAAUGGCUUGUCAUACACACUGGAAUAUGCUAUUGAAAAGGGAAAGUUUGACGAAGAGGUGCUGCAGGAUGGUGUGAAGGUUUUCAUUGACUCCAAGGCACAGCUGACAUUGUUGGGAACAGAGAUGGACUACACAGAAUCAAAACUAGUUUCAGAGUUUGUCUUUAAUAAUCCCAACAUCAAGGGGACUUGUGGUUGUGGAGAGAGCUUUAAUGUCUAGCAGUUUGUGUGUAGAUAAUGCGUAACUCCAAGAAAUUCAUGUUUGGCCGUGGUUGUGGCAUUAGUGUUAAUAAUAUCAUACACCGUGGAAUUUCCUGCAAGUAUUGUGACACAUUAAGCCAAGGAUGCAGCAGUUUGCCACGUGUAACGAGAUCCUUUUAUACAGGACUCUACAUUUGUUAAAUGAUGAUUCCACUUACAAUUGAAGUGAAAUUAUAAUACCUGGCCAAAGUUUGUCCAUUUUCAAUGCUAGCUGAUCAGUGUUAUGGCAGGGAUGGUGUGACUGUGUACCUACCAGUUCUUUCAACUGUUCAACAUCAUCACAUCAGGAUUGGGCUACUUUUAAAAUGUGUGUGCACAUUCAUGUGAAAAAAUUGGGAUUAAUUUUAUGAUAAAAGAGUUUUCAUUAGUUACAGUUGUGGUCACAACUACACGUUUCCAAGUGUUCAGUCUUAAAAGCAGUUAAAUACUGCUGGAAAAGAUAUACAUUUAAUUUGUUCUAAAAACUACUUUAAUAGUUUAUUCAGCCAGCUGCAUGGUCAUCGUACAGCGUGUUAUUAAUAUUUUGGUAUAUUGUGGCUAAUUGUAACCAUAAAUCAGAAGAUUUUUUCUUUUCUUUUAGCAGACUUUAGCUGAUUAAACUGUUUGUAAAACAGAUUCUUGUAACAAGUGUUAGCUGAUGAUGAACUUGCAUACAGUGUAGAUUUCAAGUCAGUUGUACUUGUGGCAAGACCAUUUUUGUGACGCUGGAGAGAAAGAUUGUUAUUUGAAAAACUCUCAAAUUGAUGUGUUUCAGAUCUAGACAUGAUCAAGUGCUUCCUAGUGAACUACAGUAGACAAUAACUGUAAGUUCAGAUCUUUUAUCUCACCAUCUGAUAACAUCACAUGUAAGCAGAGCUCACCCUGUCAAGACCCAAACUAGCCAAUUGCUUAUUUUUAUACAAACUGGCUACAACAUUUUGCAAUUGGCUGAUAAAAAUUUGUUAAAAUUAGCCAUUUUGUAACAUUCGUAGAAAUAUUCUACAUAUCUGAAAAUUGUCUGAACAAAAAUAUUUUUAGUGCGAGUCCUGUCUAAGUAUCGGGGAUCGUUUUGUUUUCCAAAUCUUUAUUAGCGAUAUUUCUAGUCAAGUAAAAAUUGAUUAGCAACAAACGUUUGUUUUAAAACUGUAGUGAUCUUUGAAACUUGCAUAGCAAAUAGCGACGUGAUACUGAACAAAAUGUUCCCUGCAAGACAGCGGUCAGUGGUCAGUCUUACCAAUAUAAAUUUAUAUUAAAACAAUUGUCAGUAAUGGAUAGAAUCAUUUAGUUUUUGUGACAGUGUAUUUUCUUGCCAAUUUAAUACUUAAUGACCGACAUAGUAAAAAAUAUUUUUAAGGUAAGAGUGAAUUGGGCAAGUAAACUUGUGUUCAGGUGGUGCUGACAGUGCUAAUCUUUAAUAUUAUUGUAUGUUUAACACAUUAUUGUAUAUAAUGUUGUAUUUAAUAUGUUGUGUGUACCGUUUAAAGCAGCGUUUGUGUUUGUGUGUGUGGUCGUGUUCUAUACUUCAGUGUGUUUGUUCACACUACAAAAAUCAUGUUUCAGAUUUUUCUAAAUAACUAUCUCACAAGACACACAUACAUGGAUAUUUUUCUCUGGAUGUACCCAUUUGACCUACAAACACAAUACUGUAAAGGUAUUAAUGUUUAAGGGCUUCUUUUUAAGUGUUAUUUAUAUAUUUUUUUAUUUAGGUACUUCAUUUUAAAUUUUCAAAUUAAAGAAGAAAUUUUUUUAAUAACACAGUUAUGAAUUUAUCCCACAAUCGCUGUAUACAUUAGCAAACUAUGAUGACUAGAUAAAUCUCUAUAUAGGUCACGUGACAUAAGCCGGCAAUUGCCGUCGAUGACAUAUAAACUGCUGUUGGUUGGGGGCGCCACCGAUGGCACUUUUGUGCUGCCGAAUAAAAAUGACUGCCAUCGGUAUAGCUCUUUGACCAACGGCAAAAUGUAUAAACGUGUAUGAACAUUAUCUGCCAGUAUUUAACACAGAUAUUUGGGUCCUUUCACCGACAGCCGUGGGUAAUAAAUUCUUAAGUUCGAGCCCUGGGG